AAAAUGCCAGUCAGGAAAAUUCCCUGCAAAGCCAAUGCCCCAUCUGGAUCUUUUUUUGCACGAGACAAUACAGCAAAUUUCUUAUCCUGGUGCAGAGAUGUGGGAGUGGAUGAUACUUGUCUGUUUGAAUCUGAAGGUUUGGUCCUCCACAAGCAGCCCAGAGAAGUGUGCCUUUGUUUGCUUGAGCUUGGAAGGAUUGCAGCCAGGUUUGGUGUGGAGCCUCCUGGAUUAAUAAAGCUGGAGAAAGAGAUUGAACAAGAAGAGACACUUUCAACUCCUCUUCCUUCUCCUUCACCUUCCCCAUCAAAGUCGCCUGGCAAAAAGAGUACAGGAAAACUCCUGGAUGAUGCAGUCAAGCAUAUUUCUGAAGACCCUCCUUGUAAAUGCCCUAGUAAAUUUUGUGUGGAGCGCCUUUCACAGGGAAGGUACAGAGUUGGAGAGAAGAUCCUUUUCAUCAGGAUGCUCCACAACAAACACGUAAUGGUUCGUGUAGGAGGAGGAUGGGAGACAUUUGCAGGAUACUUGCUGAAGCAUGACCCCUGCCGAAUGCUGCAGAUAUCUCGGGUGGAUGGGAAAACAUCCCCCAUCCAGAACAAGUCUCCAACCAUCAAGGACAUGAAUCCAGACAGCUACCUGGUUGUUUCUGCUCAUUACAAAACCAAAAAAGAGAUUAAGUGAACUUGUCUUCUCAUUUCACUGGGGACUUGGUAUAUGUAGACCCACGCUAUUCUUCAUGUGUAGUCAAAUUAGUUGAUGCUUUGAAAGGACUUCUGGAUUUACAUGCAGACUGGAAAUGGCAACCCAUUUCAUGGAUUGUUGAACUGUAGAACUAUUUAUUUCUAGUACUGUACCUUUUCAUAGCAAGUUACUCUUGGUAGGUUAAUUACUAAAACCAGAUUUUUAAAACAGACAUAUUUUUAGCCUAAUCAUUACUCUAUGAAUGUACUCUUAGGAUGACUAAAACAAUAUGGCUCAUGUUAAAGUAAUAAAAUGGGACAAAUUUGUAUGAAAAAGCAGUAGGUAUAAUUUCAUUCAUUUCCCACAGCAAAGAGUUAUAUGCAGCUCAGUAGGAGAAAAAAAAAAAAGG